AUGCCGUCUCACGCUGCUCCGCUGUCCUCUCGAGAUGGCCGAGUCCGCUCGUCGUCGAUCCAGGACCAGCGCGAGCCCUACUACUACACCAAUGAGGACGUUGAGCUGCUGGACUCGAUCGUGUCGCUCGGACAAGAGCUGCUGCCGACGCUGCCGAAGCGCGAACAGCUGCCGACGACAGCGCUCUUCCGCGCGGCCGACAUUGUCUUUCCGCAGUAUGGCAUCAGCCCCGAUGGCGAGGACAAGUACAGCCGGGUCAUCUUUCUGAUUGGCGGCAUGCGCACGACCGACGACCUGUACGAGCGCUUCCGCACCGUGCUAGAGCGCAUGGGCAUCGUGAUCGAGUACGUCGACGGGGACGAAGCAGCGGCAGCGUUACCAAUACCGCUGCCCACGACAAGCACAGACCCCAAACCAGUGCCUGGGCUGGUUCGACGGCACUCGGACGGCACGACGGCAUCGCAGCAGCACAGACGACGGUCCGACUCGCCGGCACGGCCGCGUGGCCGGGUCACAUUUGCGGACGAGCUGCAAGAACUGCCGAUACCAAGACCACCGACAGCGAUGGCGAUUCGUCCGAUGGAUCUGUGGCCAUCGCACGUGGAAGCCGACGUGGAGAGUGUGGACGACGACGACGACGACGACGACGACGCUGGCGACGACGCGGACAACGCGGACAACGUGGACGACGCAGACGAGGACAGCGAUGACGAGCAGGGAGACGGAGUCGACAAGGUCGACCAAUACACACGGUCUCUUGAGAUGGUGCUGGGACUGCCGGCAGCGAAAUACGAGAAGGACAGACAAGGCAAAGAGUACAAACACGAGCACGAGCAGGUCUACAACUUGCCCAUACGGCCACGAAACGAGGCAGCGACAGCAGCAGAGGAGCUGCCAGGGGCCAGCGACACGCUGAUUCACGAAGAGCUGGACGCUGGUCCGCCGGCCAAGGUGGACGUGCGAAUCAUGGCGCGCGUGGCCGACACGUUCUAUCUGCGCUUUGCAUUCCUGGGCGGGCAGGCAAUCGAGAAGUGGAGGGCUGCCAGCAUGCAGAGCGUAGAGCGGGAGCAAUACGCCGUCCGGAUGGACCGAGAGUUGUCACUAUCGGAAGCGGUGAUAGUAUGGGGAGGUGCAGUAGAGGGUGAGGUGGAAGGUGAGGAUGAGGUGGAAAGUGAAGCCAAAGGUGAAGACGAAGACGAAGAUGAAGACGAAGAAGACGACGAAGAAGACGAAACAGGCCUCCAGGUGCUGGAGUAUCGCGACAAGAUGUUGAAGCUGGCAGGACGGGCAUACGACAUCUCGCUGGUAUACAAGGCGUUUACACACUGGCAGGUAAUGGCGCUGGAAGAGGAGGAGCGGACACAGGUGGCACGACGACACGUGCUGCGGAAAAAGGUGUUUGUGGGAUGGCGGACACAGACGAUGCAAGACGAGGCAACAGUGCGGUCGCUGGUGCUGGGCUGGGCAGUGGUGCGAUGGCGGACUUGUCUAGCAGAUAUCUGGGAGCAGCAGAUGACGGCCGAAGGAGUGGACGAGAGAGAGCUGACGGUAGUCGGAGUCUGGACAUGGCUGCGCGCAUAUCAAGAGCGAGUGGCCGAGGCGAUUCGACAGCGCCACGAACAACAGCUGAAGACGGCAGCAGCACGACAGUGGCAGGCGAUCUGGGGCCAGAAGACGGCGCGAAGAACACAAUCAGCACACUGGACGCGGCUGCGACUGGUGGGUGCAGCCGUGGACCACUGGGUAGAACAGGCCCAGACACAGGCGGCGAUCCGGCUGCGAAUCGAAGCAGAAGAAGACCUGACGUUUGCGCGAGCAGCGCUGCAAGACCUGCAGAAACAGGCGCGGCUGGCCCGCGAGCUGCGACGAAUGCAAGCAGCACGACGAGCGGAGCUGAAGCUGACAUCGGUAGCAGCCUGGUGGCAGCGGACCGUAGCCGCAGACGAAGAGGUGGCCAGCCAGGAUCGACGGCUAUUGCGUGACUGGGCGCUGCUGUGGAUGCGCGAGGUGCGGCUGGUGCAGUUCCGGGCAGACAUGGUGCACGACGCCAAGGUGGACGCAGUGCACAGCUGGAUGCUAGCCGAAAAGGUCGUGUUCCUGGGACGAUAUCGAGACGGCCGGCUGCUGCGACGGGCCUUUGGGCUGAUGGCAGAGGUGGCCGGUGUGGGCGGUCGACGGCGGCGAUGGAACGAGUGGGAGGCGCAGAGAGACGCGGCCGACGAGCUGCGACAAGCCAACCUGUUGUGGACAAGCAGCCGGCAAGCGACAGCGAGGCUGCAGCACCAGCGAGCACAAGAAGCGCGGGCCGACGCGCUGCUGUGCCGCAGCCGGGCAGCAUCGGCUUUAGGGCGGCUGGCGUCGGCUGCAGCAGCAUCGGCCUGGCGUGACAGUCAGCUGGCCUCGAUGGCCGCCCGCGGCGCAUACUAUGUGGCCGUGACGGACGCGCUGUCGGGCUGGGCACAGCUGGCACGACAGACGCGCGAGGCCCGGCUGCGGGCGACGUAUCGCGCUUUUCGGCUGACCAUCAAGCGGGAGACGGCGCGAUCCUGUGUGGCCGUCUGGCUGCAGCAGAAGACGAGCCAGAACGAACGACAGACGAGCCUGCUGGCGACGGCGGUCACGGCAGCCGACACGCGCAUGUGCUUUGCCGCCGUCGACGCGUGGAUUGCCGCAGCUAACGACGGUCUUUUCCGGCAAGCCGUGGCGAUCGAGGCCGAUGCCGAGGCCUAUCUCUCGCGCUGGCGGCUGCGACUGGCCGACCAGACGACCAUCACGGACGCGGCAGCCGAGCACCACAUCGUGUCGGUCCUGCUGGCCCGCUGGGACGGCUGGGAGCUGCAGGCGGUGCAGGCGCGGGCACGACGCCACACGGCCGCGGCCCUGCGCGAGAAGAACGAGCGUCGACUUGUCCGUCGUGUCGUGGCUGGCUGGCAGGACUGGAUGGCCGAAGAGGCCGAAGCCGAAGACGACGAGGUCGAAGACGAAGCCGACGAGGCCGACGAGGACGAGGACGAGGCCCAGGACGAGAACACGACCAUCCACUGGUCAUCGACGUCGUUUCCCAGCAGCUCGGCCUGGCGACUCGGAUCGUCGUCGCUGCGGUCAUCAGCCGCCACCAAUGCCACCAAUGCCACCACGGUCACGGCGACGCCCUUUCGGCCGGCCUCGAGCUUCUUGCUGCACCCCAUCAUGGAGGCCGAUCUGCGGUCGUCCCAGAUGCAGAUGGCCGCCCAGACGCCGACUCGACACCGGCUGCUGCGCCUGACACCGGCACCAGGGCGGACUCUGAAACCGACGCCCAAACCGACGUUGGGUGCAGGUGCAGGCACCGGUCCAGCUCCGAUUCCGGCUCCCACGCCCGCUCGCCUGCGUCGUCGGCUGCUCUCGGCCGCUCGUCUGGCCGACUCUGUCCAGCUGGGGCCCAUGUCGGCCUUUGACGAGGACGAGGAUGACGAGCACGACAGUCGAAACGGUCACGGCCACCUCGACGACGAUGCCGAUGCCUCGUCCGAUGCCGACGACCUGCUGCUUCUCCAGAGCGGCAGCCAUGCUCGCCAUCGGCUCGGCCGCAGCUAUACCGCCGCAUCGGCCACGAAUCCGCGACGGGGACCUCCACAGCCACCGUCUGGCAGCGUCCACGCCAGCGCCAACACCAACGCCACUACCACGCCCAUGGCCCCGCUGCCGUCGCCGUUUGAGCGCCGUCUGCGCGCCGCCUACCGGUCGUCGUGGGCGCCGGGGAACGGCCGUCGCACGCUGGCCACAACAACAACACCGCUGCCGAGCCGACGGUCCGCUGCCGUCACGUUUGCGGACGACUAUAGGGGGUAG